ACAACGACCCAUCAAAAUGCUGGAAACUUUUUAAGGCUAGUGGGGCCGAGCAAUUCAAACAACUGAAGCAAAUAAUCCAAGUCGAACUUAACAUUGUUAAGAAUCCCAACUGGCCGGAGGCAAACCAGUUGGCUAUUUACAAGCGUGGCCGCUGGAUUUGAACUCGGGGCUACUGUGAAUCAAAUCAAGGUAGUGGUUAGAGCGGAACUCGAACCCGUGACUGCUGAAUUGCGAGUCCGACGCGCUGACCUUUCACUGAGUUUAGUUUACAUGGAACAGUCAGAAUAUGGAAAAACACAUAAGUGUAACUCAAACACAUGAUUCUUUGCUUCUUCUCAGUUUUGCAGGAUUUGAUGUUAUGACACUAGCCAAUAAUCACUUGAACGACUUUGGUUCAGAAGGAGUCAACUUUACUGUUGACGUUCUUAAAAAGACGAGAGUGAAAUAUUUUGGCGUCACUUAUGGCAAAUAUGACUCUUCUCAGGAACCUUUGAUACUGGAACGACGCGGAAUAAAGAUAGGGUUUCUUGGUUACUGUGAUUCCAUAACCGCGGCCAUAGACAAAAACUGUACCGAAAUGAGAAUGUUGUUCAAUUCUGGUCCUGCUCUUUACCGAGAUGACAUCGCCACAAGAGACUUCAACAAGCUAAAACAGGCUAAGGUAGACAUCAUAGUCGUCUUUAUACACUAUGGUCAAGAACGCUGCUUAGGCCCGCGUCCCUACCAGCAUCGUAUUAACAAACACCUGAUGUCACUUGGUGCACACGUCAUCAUUGGAUCACAUCCUCACGUGCUACAACCACACUGUGUUACUGAAGACAACAAGGUGAUAGCACACAGUCUGGGGAAUUUCUUGUUUUACCCAAACCGUCCUAUCGGUGGCGGCAAUCCGGAAGUUUAUGGACGUUUGGGUAACAAACCUGAUAAACUCUUGAUAGAAUCCUACGAACACUUUGUACUUGAAAGCCCUGAGAAUUUAAAAGCGUCCCGUAUGCUGAAAGUUACCAUCUCAAGGAGUGGCAUUGUGGGAGCAAAAUAUCUGCCCCUGAAAGUCGCAUUUGAUCCGAAAACCAAGCGAAUUCAUCCUGAACCGAAAAAGAAAGCAAAAUGGAUUCUCGUCUGCGGAGUUGAAGAUAAGCAAUGCCAACCAUGUCAUAAGAGUUGAAAGGAGAUAAAGAAAACCACAACGCCUGCCGUCUUUUUACAAGUUAUUUUCUAUUUCAAUUUAAUUACUGCAAGAGCCCUAAAU